AUGGCGAGGUCCAUCCCGGUCAGAUCACAUGCCUUGCUGAAGACGUCUCAAAUUGCUGCAGCGCAGGAACGAGAUUUCCUCUUUGCAGACAAUUUGGAACCACAUGCCACCAGAAGGAAUCUGGGGCUUGGUCGAGAGGAAGGAGAUCCUGAAAGCACACCCAGAUCCACGGCUAAAACGGCACAGGAGAUCACGAAGCUGAUGGGCCCCGAGUGGCGAACGAAGUACCUGGUGGCUGCCACUGUCGCCCUUCAGAUCACCUUGGCCUGUUUUGCCAAGAGCUGGUCCUUCUGGACGUUCGUGGCGGUGGCGUAUAUUGUUGGAGCGACUGCAAACCAUUCUCUGUUCUUGGCCAUCCACGAGUUGGCUCACAACUUGGGGGCCAAAUCAGCCAGCGCCAACAAGAUCAUCGGAAUGGUGGCGAAUCUUCCCAUUGUCUUUCCCUACUGCAUCACCUUCAAGCCGUACCACAUGGCGCACCAUCGCAACCAGGGCGUUGAAGGGAUCGAUACGGAUGUCCCCACCCUCUUUGAGGGAUAUCUCAUUACCAAGAGUUCUUUCGGUCGAGUUGAUCACAUGAUCCGCAAGGCAAUUUUCAUGUUCUUUCAGAUUUUCGCCUAUGCCUUGCGUCCGAUGUUCAUCAAACCAGACUUGGUGCCCUUGGAUUUCUGGGUGCUCUGCAACUUCUUCGUCGUGUACUUUUUAUUGUCUACCUUCUUUGCUGGAUCCAUUCAUCCCACGGCAGGACAUUUCAUUGCGGAACACUACGUGAUGGAAGGGGAUGCAGAGACCUACUCCUACUACGGCCCCCUCAAUCGCUUGGCCUACAACGUUGGCUAUCAUAACGAGCACCACGAUUUCCCCAACAUCGCUUGGUCGAAUCUGCCGAAGGUCAAGGAAAUUGCUCCGGAGUACUAUGAUAACUUGCCUCAAUGCAAGUCGUGGCCAGGAGCAAUUCUUCGAUACAUCUUCGAUGAUUCCAUCAGCCCAUUCAGCCGAGUGAAGCGCCAUAAGAAGUACGAAUGAAUGGACUGGCUGAUAACUUUCUUGCUGGCCUGCUUUUUGCGUACCAGAAGAAGUGUUUUGAAAAAAAAACUGAUGGUGGCG